CUCAGCAAAUUUCAUAAAAAUAUGCCUUGGAGUGUAUUAAAAUUGCUAGACAGAUCAUUCUAUCUUCGGAACCUGGAGCAGGUCGGGGGACGCGUGACUGAAUACGAUGACGACGACGACGACGAAGAAGAAGAAGAAGAAGAAGAAGAAGAAGAGAGCGAUGAUAGUGACGAAGAGGAGAAUGAUACUGAGAUGGAACUCGAUGGAGGAGAGGGCAAUAUGAAGCUCCAGACAUCUCAAGCAAUUAACAUAACAGUUUCCUCUCUCCCCGCAUUCCCGUACAGUGGUAAUGCGAAGGCCCUCGAGAAGAGCAUCACGCUGCCUGUCAAUAUCAACAUGAGACACGAGGACCUCAAGCUUGUCGGACUCUUCCUCCUGCUCGUUCUCGACGAUCCCCGGGAGAUGGAAGCAAUGGUCCUCUCCUACGCCAUAAGCAAGAACCUCACGAUCAUGGAAUUGGCGGACAUGAUGACCAACGCCUACGGACCGAGGGAAAAGACCCACGAAGAAAUAGAGAUGGAGACGCAGAUGCAGACAACACUCCCCCCACCGGCUCUAACUCGUGUCUUCUUCCAACCAUUGGCCCUCCGUCCACGCGAACUACUCGAAGGUGCUGAGGCAAUGCAGGAAGAGGAACAGUUGUAAUGGGAUUUGAUACUGAGAUAUCUGAUGGCUUUGUCUAAUGAGAUAAUGACCUGGCAUCCGCAUCAUGAUAUGGAGGAACACUUGUUUAAGAUUACUGUAAUGAUUGUUUCUAGUUCAUGCUUUUUUUCUUUUUUCUUUUCAUUCCUUUUUUCUCUUCUCCUCCGGACGAUCGAUCAUCAAUCAGCAGAGCAACCAACCAACCAGCGAACAAUCUGCUCCUCAAAAUCAAAACGAGAACAACUCAACAGAUCCCGGAUCCUACCUAGGUACUC